UUCCUAUUUGAAAAAGAAAAAUUACACUAAAGUCAUCAGCUUUGGCAAAAUUCAUCACUUUUAACCUUAUUUCCUCUUGGAGAGUGACACAGGAAAAUGCAUCACUGGGUUCGAGCUUUGGCUUCUGACUUCCAUGGAAAUCUUCCACAACCUCGCAGUGGUCAUACUGCCGUCAAUAUUGGAAAAUCGAAGAUCGUCGUUUUUGGUGGCCUCUUCGAUAAAAAAUUCCUUAGCGAUAUCAUUGUUUAUGAUAUAGAGAAAAGAUUAUGGUUUCACCCAGAGUGCACUGGCAGUGGCUCUGAUGGACAAGUAGGCCCAAGUCCACGGGCAUUUCAUGUUGCUGUUGCUAUUGAUUGUCAUAUGUUUAUUUUUGGUGGUCGUCUUGGUAGCAACAGGUUCGGUGACUUUUGGGUCUUGGAUACUGAUAUUUGGCAAUGGUCAGAGUUGACUAGUUUUGGAGACUUACCAUCACCAAGGGACUUUGCAGCAGCUUCUGCUAUUGCAAAUAGGAAAAUUGUCAUGUAUGGUGGCUGGGAUGGGAAGAAGUGGCUGUCAGAUGUAUAUGUCUUGGACACAAUGUCACUUGAAUGGACGGAGCUUCCUGUGACUGGAACAUUACCGCCGCCUAGAUGUGGCCAUACAGCUACCAUGGUUGAGAAACGGUUACUGGUUUAUGGUGGAAGAGGGGGUGGAGGUCCAAUAAUGGGUGAUUUAUGGGCUUUGAAGGGUCUUAUUGAAGAAGAUAGUGAAACACCUGCAUGGACACAACUAAAGCUUCCAGGACAAGCACCUUCUGCACGUUGUGGCCAUACAAUUACAUCUGGAGGACAUAUUCUGCUAUUAUUUGGAGGCCAUGGGACUGGUGGUUGGUUAAGUCGUUAUGACAUUUAUUACAAUGACUGUAUUGUCCUAGACAGGGUAUCUGCACAGUGGAAGCGCCUAUCAAUUGCGAAUGAACCUCCAGCUGCUCGAGCAUACCAUUCCCUAACUUCUAUAGGUUCACGUUAUCUGUUAUAUGGUGGCUUUGAUGGGAAAACAACGUUUGGUGAUCUAUGGUGGUUGGUACCUGAAGGGGACCCUAUUGCUAAGAGAUGGACGUCAAUACCAAACAAUGUUCCUCAAGAUCAACCUGUUGCAACUGGAGAGAAUUAUGACAUGGCAUCUAGAAUGAAGGAAGGCCAGCAAGGGCAAUCUGCCAUCUCAGAGUUACAACGAGCAUUAGGGAUAUCAGCUUCACUGUCUUGUGAUAGGGAUCCAAUUGUAGAUGAACUAGAAGAUAAAGAAUUUACUGAACUAGCAUCUAGUUUGGUUGGAGAAACUGUUUCCAGCAAUGUAAAACUUUUGCAUAUUCAGGCUCUACGUGAGCACUGGAGAAAAGCUACACCAAGUUCAAUACGACUUAAAGAGCUAGGGCCCUUGCUUCGUGACUACCAACGAUUGAUUACUCGCCACCAUUUCCCAAAUGGUGGAUCUCAAAUGCAGUCCUCUGUGAUUACUCUUCCUGAAAAAGAGGCUUAUUGCUUCUAUCAUAUCAGAAAUGUUCAGCAGUUACGAAUGGAUGACAUCAAAAAGCUUCUGGCAGAGUAUAAACAGCUGCAACCAGAUUUGAGGGUAGAAGUAUGAGUGUCUUGAAAGUUUACUCUCAUGCUUGACAUUUCUAUAGAUCUUGUACAUGUAAUAUUUGUUCUUUCUACAUACUGGCCUUGUUAUGGCUUCUACAAAUCUUUUACAAACUAAAUUAUAAAUAAUAAAGAUAUCAAUAUAUCAAAUCUUUUGAUCCA